CUAAGUCCAAGACUUGGCCUGCUGCCGAAAUACCACCUCCCUUGCGUACCAAUUCGUUUUGGGUAGGCGUAUGCCGUCGACGGGGCGAUCGCUGGGCUCCUUGAGAUCUUUUCCCCUCUCGCGGCCGGAACCCACCUCCCCACCAACAGAAAAAUCAUUGAGGUUAGGGGGGGUUUUUCGUUUCUGUCGAGUACGUGGGGGUUGGGGGAAAGCGAGAAAGUGGAAAUAGCUAGCUUGCCUAUGUACAUACUUCGUCGGGACCCGAACCUGUUGAACCUCUGUUCUGGUACUGGAUCUCUUCUGCGAGUCGACGAGAUUUCUAUCCGUGCUUGAUCAGAUCAUGAAACCCGCGCGCCUGGUUGUUCGUCGACUUGCGGAGCCGCUAGUUCGGCCUGCUCGAAGCAACCGUCUUCGUUUGUUUACCACGGCCUCCUCUCGACCGUCACCUGCCGCCGCCGCGGCGGUCCAACCGCAGCCGUCUGAUCAUCCCCCUUUCCCCAUUUCCGGUCCAAACCCUGUUAGACACGAAGCUCCUGCUCCCAAUCCUGUUCCGACUCCGAAAAAUACUCUCCGCGAUGCCGUCUCUGCGACUCGGCCGAGGAAUGACUGGACUAGGGAUGAGAUAGCGGUUAUAUACAACCAUCCAUUGAUGGAUUUGGUACACCAAGCUACCGGCGGCUGCACCGAAGACUGUUCCUACUGCGCGCAAGCGACGCGGUACCAGAAGGGCACAGGCCUGCAAGCCAAAAAGGUCGAAUCAGUCGAAUCUGUGCUGGCGGCGGCGCGCCAGGCGGCCGCGAACGGGAGCACGCGGUUCUGCAUGGGCGCCGCGUGGCGCGACAUGCGCGGGCGCAAGAACAGCCUGCGCAACAUCGCCGAGAUGAUCAAGGGCGUGCGCGCGCUCGGCAUGGAGGCCUGCGUCACCCUGGGCAUGAUCGACGGCGCCCAGGCCAAGGAGCUGGCCGAUGCCGGCCUGACCGCCUACAACCACAACGUCGACACGAGCCGCGAGUUCUACCCCUCCGUCAUCUCGACCCGCACCUACGACGAGCGGCUGCAGACCCUGGGAUACGUGCGCGAUGCCGGUAUCAACGUGUGCUCGGGUGGCAUUUUGGGUCUGGGCGAGACGAGUACGGAUCGUGUUGGUCUGCUGCAUACUGUGUCGACUCUGCCCAAGCACCCUGAGAGUUUCCCUGUGAAUGCCCUCGUGCCUAUCAAGGGAACUCCUCUUGGAGAUCGGGAGCCGAUCGAUUUUCCAAGUAUGUUGCGCACCAUUGCUACUGCUCGCAUUAUCAUGCCUGCCACCAUCGUUAGAAUCGCAGCUGGUAGGAAAACCAUGUCAGAGGAGAAGCAGGCUCUUUGUUUCAUGGCUGGUGCCAACGCGAUCUUCACUGGUGAGAAGAUGCUGACGACGGAAUGUAACGGUUAUGACGAGGAUAAAGAGAUGUUCGACCGGUGGGGCUUGGGUCCUAUGAAGAGCUUUGAUAAGUCUCCGCCGCCUGCAACUAGCUGUAGCUCGUAGAAGCUCGUACUUGGACGAUGUAUAGGUAUCUAGGAGGUAGGUAAUUGAAAGGACUUCGUUUUAGAUUAUGGGGGUUAGAGCCGAGAUUUAUCUUGUUUGAUGAAUACACCUUCUCCCUCCAUAAU